UAAAAAGCUAGGCACACAUCUCAAAGUUUCGCUGUCUGAGCGUACAUUUGAGUAUGUGACACUGACAGAAAGAGCAUCAACACGGAGGCAGAAAAACAUGAUUGCGGCUGUUCUGCUGUGUGCUGUGGUGCUGCACUGCUCUGAUGGUGUGGCGGUGCAGAAUCAGCAUUGCAUGACCAGUAAUGAGGUGACAUUCUUUGUUCCAGCAGACUAUGUGAAUUCAUCUGGUCCUGUCAGCGUAGAGGCCUGUGUUGGUAAGAAACUCAACAUCUCCCUGGAGCACUUAUCUGAAUACCCUGUCUGCGACUGGAUCAGAGGAGUAGACCAAGUACUGACAGUAAAUGGGAGUCACUCCAUGGUCCUACCACCGCUCUCUCAGACAGAUUCAGGGGAGUACACGCUGAGCUGUAAAACUAGCAAUGAGACCUGGUCAAUGAAAGUGUCUCUUUGUGUAAAGGGACGUCCCACAAAACCAAAGCUGACACUGGAUCGCCUAGAACACCAAAAGAAAUCCCCAUAUUUCAAAUGCAUCUCUGAGGGCUGCCCAAAGCCAACUAUUGAUUGGACUGGAAACCGCGCAAAGCGUGGGGAUUCAAUAUCCAGCAGUCUGUAUGCUGAGAGUGGAGUGAUGUGCUGUGCCAGUAACACAGAAGGACAAGAAUGCUCCCAACUGUAUGACUACGUCCUAGGGAGUGACUCAGUGAAAAGUGACGAAGUUUCUAAUGUGACUUUGAGCACUGGUCAGUCUUUACUGCUUCGCUGCCGAAUAAAGUCUCAACAGCCACCUGAGUGGAAGAAUGGCAGCCAAAUAAUGGAUGCCAAAACAAUCACCUGCUCUAAAGCCAAGAAGAAGAUUUGCAUUAAAAAUGACUUACAUUUGGGAUAUUGGAUGGCCUACCUGUUCAUAGAAUCACUUGAUGUGGAGCACAGUGGCACAUAUACCUGCAGUUUUCCAAAUUUCAAACCAAAGUUAGUCCACAUUCACGUAAAGGCUGAAGAUUUCAUCGAUUUCAAGCUGGAUCAGAGCAAGGAAGUUCUGGCUCAGAACGUAUCCAGCUCCUGUUUGCAAGCCAGUGUUUCCUACCGCCCUGUGCUCAACAACUGUUUCUGGGAAGCUCCUGAUAAAACUAGGACUAAAUGCAUCAGGGACAGCUGGGUGACAGAACACAGGACUGUGAAACUAUGUAAUCAACUCAAAUCAGGACUUUAUAAGUUACACUUGGAGGCUGGAGGAAAAAAACAAACAGCAAAUAUAUCAGUGUGUGUUGUGGGCAAUCCGGACUUCAAAUUCAGUAGUAUUGGGGGUAACAUAACCGUUGAGACUGUGAGUCUUGUGCCAGCAAAUUAUACGUGGAAAUCUUGUUCCAACGACAGUUGUCAAACAGUCGAAAAUGCUGGUCACACAGUGGAGGAUGUCUCCUGUAACAAGACAAUCAAGAGCUCCCUACAUACCAAUCUAGUGAAAGGACACAGUCUUAAGUUUUGCCUGGAAAACUCAGUUGGCUCCUGGUGCAGUCCUCAAAACACCAUAUUGUACCAAGCACCUUCAGUCAAAGCUGUCAAAGGUCUUCCAAAUAUUGAUGACAGCAGCUUGAUGGUGCUGAAAGUAGGCAGUAUGCUUCUGCUUCUGGCAUUGGCAGUAGUUAGUGUGGUGCUCAUGUACUUUGUCAAAAGAAAACCCCAGUACAAGCCGCAGCUUCAGAUGAUCCAGAUGGUUGGACCCAACGACAAUGACUACAUCUACAUAAACUUCAAUGACUUUGAGUAUGACCUGAAAUGGGAGUUUCCCAGGGAGAACCUCGAACUGGGUAAAGAACUGGGCUCUGGGGCUUUUGGCAUGGUGGUCCAGGCUACAGCGUAUGGCAUCAGCAAACCUGGAGUCUCACAGCAGGUAGCUGUCAAGAUGCUUAAAGAAAAACACGAGACGAUGGAGAAGGAGGCUCUGAUGUCAGAGCUCAAGAUGCUGACUCACAUCGGUCAACACGCCAACAUUGUUAACCUGCUCGGGGCAUGCACAGACACAGGACCCACAUACCUGAUUUUCCAGUACUGCUGUUUUGGAGAUCUACUGAACUACCUAAAGAAAAACAGAGACCGCUACCACAAGUCUGUCACUGAUGCUUUCAGUAAGGACCGUUUCACCAGCCUUUACCACAACCUGCAGCGCGGGAAGGGCUCUAGUGAGCUGGACACACCUUUGGACAAUUACGUUCCCAUGCACUGUUCUACCACCAGAGGGCAGGAGGACAUCGCCCUCCUCACUCUCAACUUCGGUGACAUGGACAGCUUUGAAGACCCAGAGAUCUACGAAGACCCAGAUGAUCAGACAGUGGACAUGCAAGCCCUGACCUUUGAUGACCUGCUCAGCUUCGCCUUCCAAGUGGCCAAAGGCAUGGAGUUCCUGUCCUCCAAGAACUGUAUCCAUCGAGACCUGGCAGCCCGAAAUGUGUUAGUGACAAAGGGCAGACUGGUGAAGAUUGGUGACUUUGGACUGGCCCGGGACAUUGAAAACGACUCCAACUAUGUCGUGAGAGGAAAUGUGCGUUUGCCAGUGAAGUGGAUGGCACCGGAGAGCACCUUUCAGGGGAUAUACACCAUGAAGAGUGACGUCUGGGCUUAUGGCAUUCUGCUCUGGGAGAUCUUCUCACUCGGUGUUACUCCGUACCCAGGAAUGAAGGUGGAUCACACGUUCUAUUCAAUGAUUGAGAGAGGAUUUAAGAUGGAGUGUCCAUACUACGCCGACGAGUCUGUGUACGGGAUGAUGUGCAAGUGUUGGGCCCUGGAUCCCUGCAACCGGCCAUCUUUCUCCAAACUGGUGUCCUUCAUGUGUGAUAUGCUGACAGACAGAGAGGAGAAGCUCUACCAUAACAUGCUCGACCAGUCAUCCAGCGACUACCAGAAUGCACCGGCCAUUUUGGACAUUUCCGCCUUGACAAGACAAAGCGAGAACAAGACGCAGACAGCCAAUAACUACUGUCGAACCCAUGCGACUGAAGAGAGCAAAGUAGACACCGUGGCAGCUGAGGAGGAGCUUCUGAAGCCGUCUGAUACAGAGUGAUCCCCUAUCACUGAAAGCCUGUUGACCAAAUGUUCAAAGCAUUUUAUCUAACAAUAGUUACAGGAGACUGCAUUUGCUUUAUAUUAUAUUAAAAAGUUUUACUCGGGACAUGUAGCAUAUACUUAACAUAACUUUUCAGGAUCUCCAGAAGUAACCAAACAUACAAUGGGUUUUUUUUCUCCCCUACGGGAUUUGAGCGAAUUAUAUUCUCACUGACAAUGUGGUCUGAAUGUAAAUACUGACUUUUUUAUCUUUUUAUUGUGCAGCUAAAAGUGAGAAAAGGAUCCCUAAAAUUCUCAGGACUAUGUAAUAUAGGGGAGCACGGGGCACAAGCUAACACGGGGUAAGAUGUAACACAGACAUUAUACGUUGUUGCACAGGGUCAAGCAGAUUGUGUUUCAGGUCAGUUUAUCAAAGAGCCAGCAGACGGUCUCUCUACAAUUUUUAGAGUGAUUGGACUUAUUUUUGUCAAGAUAGGGAAGAGCGCUUUCACAGCAUAAAAGUACAUUUUUGUUGCAUACUUCUUUUUUGAUUUCUGAGCUGUGUGUGUAAGUCACUGAAUCCAAUCAUGGAUUACCUUAAUAACCAUUUUUUUUGCCUAAAACGUAGUACAGCUGACCAACUUAAAGACAAACUCACCAGAGUGGGGUUACAACUAACCCCUAUCAAUAUUUACAUAUAUAUUUUGAUGUGUGGAUACAAUCCAUCUAUCCAUUGGUCCAUCCAUUUGAAUAUAAAUCCAUGAUAGACCAUAAUUUAGAUGAAAAGACAUCUCUCUUUCUUUAUAUGAUAUAUAUCAUGGAUGGAAAGUGAUAAUAUCUACAAAUAUCUACUUAUCUAUUUAUCAACUCAUGAUGGAUGAUUGGUUGAGGGUUAAAUGGAUGUGUGGAUAUCUGUCAUAUAUAGAUCCAUAAAUUAUUCACCUAUAAUAUAUACAUAUAAUUUAAUUUAAUCAGAUAGAAUUUUUUGGAUGAACAGAAUUUUCUAGCAAGUGUUACAACUAACCCCACACAUGGGAGAAGUUGUAAAAUUUCACUCCCUCAACAUUCAGCACAAUUGUACAAGAACGGUAGGUCCUAGAAAUAAACUUCAAGUGUUCAUUUGUAUCGAGAUGUGUGUUGCUUGUAUAAAAAUAUGAUUAAUCAAACGCAAAUGUUUUUCAGUUAUUUAGUCCAAACCAAAAUGUGUUAGGUUGUGCCACUCUUCCCUACACAUGUAUUUAGACUUGUAAGCUAUAGCCUAGAGUUGUCACUCUUUUUCUACAUUCAGCCUGUAGCAACUGAUCAAGGUUCAAGGUUCAUACAAUUGUUUUUUGUUUGUUUGAUUGUCUUAAGCUACAAUGCAUAGACCUAUAGAAACAACCUUUUUGCCUUAAAAUACUGUCUUGUAAUGGUAAUUAUUUUGUUGUGGCCUGUGUUAUCUCAGUUUUGUACACAUUUAUGUAUUUGUUCAAACCAAGCUUCUCUAUUUUAUUUUAACAUUUUUUUAAUACAUUAGGCUAUAUUGUCAUGUUUAGGAAUAGCAUUAUACCUGCAAUAAAACGUACUUUUAAUAACAACGA